AUGAAAAUCGAGUCCGAGUACAACCUCGAGCAAAGCUUAGUCAGGCUAGCUUUAUCGCGAACACUGGUUCAAGGUCGAGUCAUGUUCUUCUCCGGAGUAAACAGGAGGAAACCGAAAUCCAAUCUUUAUCUCUCGAGUCCAACCCCCCGUUCUCAUUCAUUCAAAGCCCCUGCACGCGGAAAACGCAGCGCUAUUGCACAGAAGAAGCCCUGUGAGCAACUUCGCGCAGCCUUCUCGAUUUCACUUCUAAAUCGACAGUCUUUCCUUAACAUUUCUUGUUGGGUUUUGAGGUACUUUCAGGAGGAGGGUGGUGAGGGCUUUGGUGUAGAGGAUCGGGACUCAAAGAUCCGAAGGUUUACACUCAAUUCUCUGAAGAAUGUGAUCGGGGGAUGGUCGACAGGCGAUAUCAUCUGCCGUCUCGAGCCCUUUCUACGAAGUGUGAUCAGGGAUGAGGUGGAUCGAGCCAUCACAAACUUUCAUGACCGUCCAACAGAGAGAUCCUUGCUUAACACUGUCGGAACUUCUGAAGUAGAGCGUGGUCUAGAGCUCCGGUUCAUUGGGAACUUGGCAUCAACUAUCUUUACUGGCAGUAAAAUAGUAGCAGAGGAUGGCAACACCAUCAGACUCGAACUAUUCGAUGCGAGAACAAACAGAAUAGUCGCCAUGGGUCCAUUAUCAUCAAUAAAGAUUGAGAUUCUAGUACUCGACGGUGAUUUUGGUUGUGAUGGGCGGGAAGACUGGACCGAGAAGGAUUUCAGUGCUAAUAUCAUCCGAGAAAGAGAAGGCAAGAGGCCGUUGCUGAACGGAGAACAUUUUAUAAUUCUGCGAGGAGGAGUGGGUUAUUUGGCAGAGCUGGCUUUUACCGACAACUCUAGCUGGGUGCGGAGUCGAAAGUUCCGGCUCGGAGCUCGAACUGUGCAGAAGAUUCCCACUGAAGUGAGAAUAAAGGAAGCAAGGAGUGAAACUUUUGUUGUGAAAGAUCAUCGAGGAGAAUUGUACAAGAAACACCACCCUCCGCAUCUGUUGGAUGAAGUGUGGCGGCUGGAGAAAAUAUCAAGAGAUGGCACUUUCCAUAAGCGCCUGACUUCGCAUGGGAUUCAGACGGUGAAAGAUUUCUUGCGGUUGUAUGAAACUGAUCCGUCCGCCCUGAAAAAUAUAUUAAGUUCAGGGAUCCCGAGCAAGACCUGGGAGUCGAUCAUAGAACAUGCCAACAAUUGUGUCGUGGACGACAACAAUUUUUACGGCUACAAUCAAACUCUCAAGAAGCAAGGACUUCUUUUCAAUUCCGUAUACAAGGUUGUUGCAGCAACUUUUGAUGGCCAGUUUUAUUCCCCGCUCGACAAAUUAACUUCUCAUCAGAAGGUUCUGGUGCAGAACAUGAAGAAACAGGCUUUCAACAAUCUUCACCAUCUGUUCCCAAUCGAUGCCCUUUCAACCAUCGCCCCUCCGAGAUCGUUGUCCAACUUCCAAAUGGAGCCAUCAUUGCCUGGGACGAAUCCUUUACUUCAGCCUCUUGAAUUCCCAGUCCAACAUCAAGGUCAAGUGGAGAAUACGCAGGGACUCAGCCAUUGUUCUCCUUCGAUAUCUUUUAGCAGUGGAGCACCUGACGCCCAAAGUUUCAAUUUCGCAACGUCUUCCCACAAUAAUCACCUCCAGGUGCAGGUCUUAAAUACGACAUCGGGAAAUAGUUGCAUUACAGGGGAGUUUUGGUCUGGAGAAAACAAUGUUCUGCCUAAUGAUUCGCCAGGGCCAUUAAGCACACUAAACAAUCAUUCGGCUGAGGACGAGAACAUUUUCCAGGUUCAGACGCCGAGUUGGUUUCUCUAGAAAUAGGGUAAUUAAAAACUGUUUUCCCAUCAAUCUCGUACUUGGAAAAACACAGGAAUUAGGAGAAAAUGCAUCACGGCUGCAUUUCACACGGCGUUUUGUAAGCUAACACGUCUUUGUAUAGUGCAACGGAUGAUGCUUUUCUCUUGUUUUCCUUUCUCCGGAAAACAGAACACCGGAAAAAUCCUCCCAUCUUCUCAGACCUAUACAAAGCUUUUAAGGUCUCUCUUUGUAUAUAGUGGAUCAUCUUCUUGUAUAGUGCAAUUGAUGAUGCUUUUCUCUUGU